AUUACAUAAUAUUUUCGCGUAAUAACCGGCGAAAAGCCCGCAAAAGCUUCCGAAGCAGCGUUGCUCGGCUACGAGGCAGAUCGCGUGACGCGGGAUCGAUUUCCGGCGGGUUCCCAGUUGCGAGAAUGGCGUUGAGAUCGAUUUGCCGGCUGUCAAUUGAUUCGACCUUCAGGCAGGCGAGCCAUUUCGGAGCCACCGCCCGCCCGAGACGACCGUCCUUCGACACGCUCGUACGAAGUUUCGCCGUAGCAGCUGAAAGCAUGGGUCUGCCACGCGUUUUCUUCGACAUGACCGCGGACGACAAGCCCGUGGGUCGCAUCGUGAUGGAGCUGAGAAAGGAUGUAGUCCCCAAGACGGCGGAGAAUUUCCGCUCUCUCUGCACCGGAGAGAAGGGCUUCGGUUACAGGGGAAGCAGUUUCCACAGGGUCAUACCGAAUUUCAUGUGCCAGGGUGGUGACUUCACCAACCAUAACGGCACCGGCGGCAAAUCCAUCUACGGCACGAGAUUCGAAGACGAGAACUUCAAGCUGACCCAUACCGAACCUGGUAUUCUCUCCAUGGCGAAUGCUGGUCCCAACACUAACGGCAGCCAAUUCUUCAUUACCAGUGCCAAAACCAGUUGGCUCGAUGGAAAACAUGUUGUGUUUGGAAAGGUCGUCGAAGGAAUGGAUGUUGUUAGAAAGUUGGAGGCCAUGGGAUCUCAGAGUGGCAAGACCUCAAAAAAGAUCGUAAUAGCGGACUGUGGAGAGAUGUAGAUGGACUAGAUAUUGUGAUGACUGCAUUUUUAUUUAGCUGUUGCAUACAUAUUUACUGUCUUUAUUGCCCCUAUUUCCAUUCUCAUCAAACACACACGUCCUCUCUCUGUCUCCCUAAUCUGAUGAUUUACUUUUGUCCGAUCGAACAUAGAAAUUUGAAGCUUGUUCAACAUAGAAACAGAAAGACAAUUGCCUGCAUUGUGCCUGCCUCACUUCACCUCUCUUCGUCUUGGCUUCCUUACCUCUCCUCUCGUUUUCUUUACGAGUGAGCUUAUCCUUCUGUGUUUUCAUCGAGCGACAGAAUUCUUUCUAGCGAAAUCUGUCUCUGAGGAAAGAUUUACGGGUUUCUUCUGCUGUUUCGUUUCGCGACUUUUGUGUGGUUUUACACGAGAUCUGUGUUGCAAAAAUCCAUAUUCUUCCACGAAACACACUCGCUUGAACCGUUGAACAGUGUGGCGAAAGAACCAAAUGCAACAAUCUCGAAUUCUUACGUACUAUUUCGUGGGACAGUUUAUCAUCGGUGCUCGGAAUACGAAGAAUCCGAAUAAAGCGCGGUAGAUUGCUUCGUAAGUUCAAGAACAGUUGAAUUGAAGAAAAUUGGGAGCUUGACAUACCGAUUCCAGCGUUAAUUCCGGUGUUAAAUGAUGCAUUUGCCCUUGACAUCGUAUCUUUCUACUUUGCGUACGAUGCGUAUAUAAUAUUUGUACAAUGCAUAUGCGUGUGUAUCAUUCUUACACAAUGUCAGGUGUUACGAUUACAAUCCUCGUUUUACGUUC